ACUAGACAUGAACAGAACCUUAGCAGUCCCAUGUCUCUCACUGAAGCUCUUUCUCAUGUGAGAGGGAGAGGGAGAGAAGAGAGAGAGUGUGUGUGUGUUCACCCAACAGUCUACUCUUACUCAUCAGAGUCUUCUUUUUUUGCUUUCUCUUUAUAACCAAGGCAUGCAUUCUCUCUCUCCGAAACAGGCUUUUUGUGCUUAUUAUGCUUUACUGCUAUUGGUCCACUUCUAGUUUAUUUUUGCUUUACCUUGUACUUUUGUUGAAUGUUGAUUCUUUGAGGGUCUAAGUACUCUUUGGGUCGAUGCUGACUCUUCUUUAAGAUGGUUUUUUUGGUUUCUUGUUCCUUUAAAGAAUUUCAUAAGAGACUUUGAGCUCAAGAGAAAGAGAUUGAUGGUAUGAUGGCAUCUGCUUGCAGUUUGAUUUGUUGGGUUUUUCUUCGAAUUCACUUCUCUGAGAUCUAGUGGGAGUUGUGGAUAUAUCGAUGGGGUUAGAUAUGGAGUUAGAUUUCAAGAAGAGCUACUCUUCAGAUCUGAGUCCUAAAACUGUUCUUCCAUGUAGACAUUUUCCAGAUGUUGAAAAGAAAAGCACAAUCAACAAACUAACACGUAAAGAUGAUAUAUUGACAGUAAAGGAAGGCUUCACAGAGAUAAGUUUUCGCCGGUAUCGUAGUACCUCUUGUAAGACUCCAGCUAGACCUGUUGGUCUAGAAGGUAGCACUGAGCUGAAGCGAGGUUCCAUUUAUCAAAGUUCUAGAGAUGUAAGGAAAAUGAAGAAAAUGGGGACUAAUGAGGGAAGGAGAAAAAUUGAAUUGUCGCGUGAUAGUGACACUAAUUUCUCCUUUAGCAUUGUUGACUCGUUGUGUUGUUCAGAUGAUGAGAACACACACAAGAAUUCUCCAGCAUUGUCUCUGAACUCAAGCUUGAAUCUGACAUCCAUUAGGAAGCCUUGCAUAAAACAAUGCUUAUCAGAUGGUUUUAUUGAAAUCUGUCCAAAUUUGGAUAAGAGGGAAAACCAAUCUGCCGGAACUGUUAGACGUGAAUCAAUUGAGAAUCCAACCUUCAGAAGCGAGCAAGUUGUUGGUCCUGUGAAUGAUGCUAAUGAUCUUCUUGAAAAAGAUAUGGCUCCAACAUUCCAUAAAUCACUUUCUGCUAAGGUUGGAAUCCCGCAUUGGCCUUCUCCUUCAGAAAGUGAUUGCUCUUCUAAAGCCAGUUCAAAGUCCCGGUUUAGCCCCAUAAAAAAAAUGUUUGAUCCAUUUAUGAAAUCCAAAUCUUCUCGGAGUCCUUUGGGUUAUAUAGCAGAACCAGGUGAUAUCAAAGCUAUAGGGAUGCCAAACAUGAGAAAAGAUCAGAGCUUGAAGAAAUCUUUGUUGCAUGACUUCGCACCUACAGUUGGGAAAUCGGAUAUUGACCAGAAACAUGACCAACAUUCGGCUGUGGGAUGUUCACCGGUUCACCUACAUGGUUCUCUCAAGUUGGAAAAUAAGCAUGGAGUGCCAUAUCUCGAGUUCUCCUUGGAUUGCCCGGAGGAAGUUUUUGUGGCCAAGACAUGGAAGUCAAAUAAUGCUUUUAACUGGGUGUACACAUUUCAUUCCAUUUGCAGCAGAAAGAAGAGCAAUGCUAGUGGCUGGGGGUUGACUGAUGGCAACAAAGAAUCCUCGCUGGUGGGACAGAUGCAAGUUUCCUGCUACUUAUGCUCAGAAUUGAAUGAUGGUGGGGUUUUUGAUAACUCUGUGGUAACAGAAUUUGUGUUGUAUGACAUUGCUCAUGCGAGAAGAUGUGUUUCUACACAAGAGUCUCAUGGUACUAUUAAACCUCCCGAUUGUUCUAAACCAGCCAUUGUUAGCGGAACUCAUGAGUUGGAUAAUGGCUCUGAUGGAAUGGAACUCAAACAUCAGCCAAAACGUGCUUCUGAUGGUAUCGACUUUAAUGCCUCAAAUCCUUACCCAUGGCCAUCUGCAGUUUUGCGUUCAGACCUGGAAAUAGCUUCCAUUGUUCUUCAACUCCCAUUUGCAAAGAGAGAGAGCUUGAAGUACAGAAGAGGGGACAAGCGAAGUGAUAAAAAGCAUUCAAAUCUACUGAACCAGAUGGUUGAGCAAGGGAAAAAAAACUUUUCAAAUGGGGAAAGUCCAGAAAAGGUGAAGGUAAUAAUUCCAAAUGGAAAUCAUAGUUUACCAGUUGAUGAAAAUCGGGGCCCUUGUUCUUUGCUUGAUAGAUGGAGAGUGGGUGGAGGCUGUGAUUGUGGUGGAUGGGAUAUGGCAUGUCCACUUACUGUUUUUGGCAGUCCUGGAAUCAAAUGUGCUGAAAAUGAACUACUCAUGGAUAAUCAACAGCCUUUGGAACUUUUUGUUCAGGGAACAAAACAGAAAACUCCAGCAUUAACCAUGAGAGUUGUCGAAGAGGGACAAUAUGCAGUUGAUUUCCAUGCACAGCUAUCAACAUUACAAGCAUUUUCCAUUUGUGUUGCUAUAUUGCAUGGAAUGGAAGCAUCUGGUACUACUGGUGGGGAAAGAAGCAAGCAAUUGUCACAUUGCAAUUCGCUGAAAGCACUUAUUGAGGAGGAAGUGCAAUUCUUAAUUGACGCAGUCACAGAGGAGGAAAAGAAAAAGAAGAAAGUCUCCAAGAAAAAGGAAGAUAUCCAGCAAUCUUAUGUACUUAACCCUCCAUUUUCUCCAAUUUCUCGGGUAUAGACUCAACUACGUUGCUUGAUAAUGCAAAAAGGCUUUUUGGAGAAUCUAUAUUAACCAUGGAUGGAUUGGACUUCAAAACUAAAAGAAAUAUUCAUCAUUCAAAAGGCCACUGCAGUAUUACUGCUGAAGUUGUUAUUCGCGGGCGGAGUCAAAAUUCUUUUACAGCCUUCAACAGCUGAAUGGUUCCCAUGAACUAAUAUACUAGGCUAUCAAUUCUACUGCAAGAGGGUUACCAAGCAAUCAAGGUUAACUCUUAAAUGUAUAAUUUGAUUUAUAUUCUUCCUUUCUACAACUAGAAACAGAAUAGAAACACAAACUGUGGAUAUUGAAACUCUGAGAACAGGGAAAAAGUACCAAUUGAAAAUUGAGAGAUAGGGGGGUCUUAUACAUUCUGUAUUAUAUUGGGUAUAAGGUGGUAAGGGGAAUUAGAUCCUGGGAAUGCUGUCUAGAAGUUAUUGUUACUAGUGUAUCUUAGACUAGGUGGUUUCAAAAUUUUGUUAAAAAUUCUGUUAUCUCCAGAAUAAUAAAACAGUGGGUUCAACCCUUGUCCUGGAUUUUCUUGA